AUGGAGAAAAGCCUUUUGUCGAAACGUUGGAGGAAUCUCUGGUUACAGGUUCCUGUUUUCGACUUGCUACUAGCUAGCUGCCCUGUUCUUGAAAUGCUAACCGUAAUCAGGGAUCGCUUUGAGCUUCUUGAAACCAUGAGUGUGCGCUCCAAGUCUUUGAUAAGUUUCGCUCUAGGGAUUGAGGAUUACGAAGUUGGUCUCUUGGGAGACGAUCAUGUUGUGGAAAUCGAUGCUCCGAGGCUUGAGCAUAUGAGUCUCUGUGAUCACUUAUCUGGAAGCAUCAUCAUUCACAGUAUUGCUCCCUCUGCAUUGGUGAAAAUCGAUGUUAACUUUGAUGGGAAGGACCGUUAUGCAUUACUGUACCAAGAUUAUGAUGAUGAUGAUGAUGAUGAUGAUUCCAAUUCCAAGAGGACUAUGAUCCGUAAUUUCCUCACCAGAAUAUCGACAGUCUGUGGCAUGGAGAUCUCUUCUGUUACUCUACAGGUCAUCCAUGAUUACUCAAAAUGGGAACCGUUACCUCAGUUCUCUGACUUGUCUUGGUUAAAUGCUUCUUUCCUUGAGUCGUUUUGGGAAUUGCUGCCGACCUUUCUUUGUUGCUGUCCGAAUCUACACACACUCGAAUUUGUGUUUGAUAAAGAGGGAUGCCCGCUCAAACUCUCCUCUGUGCCGCCGUGUUUCGUAUCAUCUCUCAAGUAUGUUGAGCUUUCGACACGAGUUACAACAAGAUCAUCAAGCCAGAUGAAAUUAGCUAGAUAUUUUCUGAGGAACUGCCCUGCCCUGAAGAAACUGACUUUAAGCGGGAAUUUCGGUGAUGACAUCAUUAAGAAAAUCAAAAAGAUUCCAAGAAGGUCUAGAAGGUGCAUCAUUGUCACUGGUUGA